AUGGUUUUCUUCUCCAAAGUUGUUUUGCUUGGAUUAGCUGCUAUUGCAGUGGCUCAUCCAGGCCAUGAGGAUCACUCAAGUCCAGCUCUGAAGCGAAGCUUUCUUCAUCACUCCCGACGUAGCUUGGCUGCUUGCGCGGAAAAGACCGAGUUCCGUGCCCUUCAAGCCCGUGCAGCUUCUCGACGAAGGGAUAUUGCAAGGAAGCAUGCGAAGAGAAGUACUGACUCCGAGUUUCUCAAGGUCAGAGAUCUCUCAGAUGUCCUGGCCACCUCUCAUUUGUCUGACAUAACUGGUGUCACGGCUGACUCUUCCUCUGAUGUCUUCUUCUCCGAGAACGUUACCUGCAUUCUCUCCCCGGAGGGUGAGGUCGGCCCCUUCUGGGUCAAGGGAGAGCUGAUUCGGUCCGACCUAGUUGAUGAUGAACCAGGUGUUCCAGUGGUGAUGGAUGCUCAAUUCAUUGACAUCAACACCUGCGAGCCAAUUGUUGAUCUUUACUGGGACGUCUGGAAUUGCAACUCGACUGGUGUCUACUCCGGAGUCCAAGACAGCAGCAAUGGAAACGGCAAUGACGCGAGCAACCUCGAUAACACCGCUCUGCGAGGCCUCCAGCCGACGGAUACAGAUGGAGUGGCCCAGUUCCAGACAAUUUUCCCUGGUCACUAUAGUGGUCGGGCAACCCAUGUUCAUGUCAUCGCCCAUGUUGGCGCAACUGUUCUUUCCAAUGGUACCCUUACUGGUGGCAAUAUUGCCCAUACUGGCCAGAUGUUCUACGACCAGGACCUCAUCAGCCAAGUUGAAGCGCUGUCUCCGUAUAGCGAGAAUGCAGUUGCGAUUACACUCAACGCCAAUGACCGCGUUCUGGCCGGAGAGACUGAGAACAGCGACUCGGACCCAGUUUUCAAUUAUGUUCUCCUUGGUGACACCGUUGAAGAUGGUCUCUUUUCUUGGGUUACUGUCGGCAUCGACACUUCUGCUAGCUAUAGUGCGAGCUAUGCAGCACUUCUUACAGCUGAUGGAGGUGUUUCGAGCUCCAGCUCUGGUAGUGGAAGCAGUGGAAGCAGCGGUGGAAGCGGAGGCAAUGGUGGAGGUAAUACUGGAAGUGGCCCUGGCGGUCCUAACUAA